AUGAUGCAGAUCUUCGUGAAGACGCUGACGGCGGAGACCAUGACGCUCGAGGUGGAGAGCUUCGCGGCCGUCGACAGCGUCAAGGCCAAGAUCCACGACAAGGAAGACAUGUACGAUCUUCCCCGCGAUACGGAUGGGGUCACGACACGCAACUCGUGCGGCGACCAGAAAGGCGAUCGAGGUGACGACCGCGUGGGCGACGACCACCGCACCGACGGCAAUCUUCGCACCGGCGACGAUCACCGCGCGGGCGACGACGACCUUCACAUCGGCGACGGCCUUCGCGCGGGCGACGACGACCACCGCAAGGGCGACGACGACCACCGCAAGGGCGACGACGAGCGCCAGGAGGAGGAUGAUGGAGAUGACGAAAGCUGGCCGGUCCUGUACAUACCAAAUCUCCUUCAUGCGGGAAUCCUGCAGUACCGAAGAGGAAUUCUCCUCAUUCAAGGUAUCCAGAGUUCCAGACGGACCAGCAGCGCCUCAUCUUCGCGGGGAAGCAGCUCGAGGAUGGCCGCACCAUGGCCGACUACAACAUCCACAAGGAGUCCACGCUUCACCUCGUGCUGCGCCUCGCCGGCGGUGACAGGGGAUCGUGCUACCCAUGCAGGUUGGAGCCUAACCUGCUCGCCCUUGCGCUCAAGUACAGGCAGCACAAGCUUGUGUGUCGCAAGUGCUAUGCACGCCUGCCCCUCAGGUCUACAAACUGCCGCAAGAAGAAGUGCGGCCACAGCAAUGACAUCAGGCCCAAGGAGAAGCUGCGCUUACACUGAAGCAUUGGAAACAUGACCCAAGUGACAUGCCAUAGCUGGAUUAACUGGGAGUUCAAAGUUUGGUUGGAGUCUUAGUUUCUUGAAUAUGAAGUUUCAUCCUAGUUAAAAUGUUGCUUCUGGAAUCUAGAACCAUAAAUGAUGCUAGCUAGCAGUUGCUGUAUUACUAGUUUCUGUCGUAGUACUGCAAUUCGCUCUUCCAUGAAUGAUGAAAUCAAGUAUUUGAGGUCUAUACUAGCUAGCUUGAAUGAUGGUGAAGUCAAGUAGUGCUCUUGCUUCCCAUAUUUCUGUCACGUCCUAUAUAUGGUUGAAUCUAGUUUCUCAGGCCAGCAUUUCCUGCUAAUUAAUUACAUGGAAAUGCAAACUUUUGUUGUCCAAAAUAAUGUUUGCAAC